GCGCAAAGUGGAAGUACGAAACGUCAAAAAUACGAACAAGAAAGCAAAAAUGGCUGAGUUUGACAAUUAUAUCGUGUGUAACUUUUGCCAAGAAGAGGUCGAUAAAGACCUAUUUGACGAUUGCGAGACUGUGCAAUCCUGUCCGCAGUGUGGCUCUGUCUUCUCCGAAGAGCAGGUUUACAGCUAUGAAAUAGCAUUUGCGAAAAAUACAAAUACGAGUUUGGACGGCUUUUUUGAAACUCCGAAAUAUGGCUACGAAAGUCGAGAUCAGCAGCGUAAAUUACGGCCAAGUAUGUCGACCUACACUAAGAACCAGCUGAAAGCGGCCCUUAGACGUUCUUGUGAAAAACUACAGCUUUCCAAAGAAAUUACUGAACAAGCGCAAGACUUUCUGUUGGACAAAGCAUAUCCUACUUUUAUACACAUGCAGAAAAAAAUUCGCUUGGUUGGAGCCUGUAUUUAUAUCAUAUGUCGAAACAACGAUUUAACUGUCACCCCAAAGCAAGUUGCUGUUGUGACCGGUUGCACGGUUUUCGAACUAGGUAAUGUUGCAAAAAAGAUUGAUGAUGCUUUCGGUUUACAUCGAACCCCCAUUACUAUCCAAAGUCUGAUCACGACAGCCUGUAGUGACUUGCCGCAUGCAAUGAAGUGUGAAGAAUUGGCACAGGCACUAAGCCGGCGUUGCAGCGAGUCCUUGCUCCUAAAUGGCAGCCCGCUACCGCAGGCUAUUGCAAUCUGCGUCUUGGCAAGCCUUGCUGUUAACAAAGGAACCAAACAGCGACAAGAAAUUGCCAAGCUAUGUUUAAAAAUGUCGCAGGUCUCCGAGAUUACGGUCACACAGUGCAUAAGGGCGUUAAAGAACUAUAUGGUGACGUUACUGCAAGCGAUACCCUGGGUCGACAUGAAAUACGUGAAAAUGUCCAACAUCCAUUAUUAUAUCAAGGACAUCUUGAAAUACGAGCAGAAGUGCGGUAAAUUCCCUGCAAAGGUUGCCAAUCCUCAAUGGUGUCACAAACGAGAAGUCGAAAUACGGACACGGAAAGAGAAAAUACAGAAUGCACUGGAGCGCGUCCGCCUGCGGCAGUGUCCAACAAUGUGCGCAACCUCUGGAAAAGACGAUGGUUUGGCUGCAACAGAAAAAUUAUUUGACGCAGAAAACAAUUUGAACUCAGAAAUAGACAGCCCGGUCGCCACAGAUUCGACACUGAACACGGAUAGCACAGGAUUAAACAAUUCGGCUGCAACAGAUACAAUGCUUGACGAGGAAGACAAGGUUAUUGAAGAGUUAUUGGAAUUGGGCUGUUCCCCACAACAGCUACAAGAAGGGUUUUAUGAAAAUCUCAAAACAACCAGUUCCCCCCUCAAUCAUGAAAUUCAAGAAUCGGAAAUUGAAUCUUACGUUAGAAAGCCGGAUGAAGUUAACAAGCUAAAGCGAGUGGCAGAAACGGACAGCGGUAACUUUGAAGCGAAGAGAACACAGUGCAAGUCAAUCAGGUGUCGAACAAAGCCACUUAAUGUCAAUACCAAUGAACCAACUCAAUGAUGUAAUGCAAAACUUAUCUGAAUUCACCAUAUGAGUUAUAAACAAGUCAACAUAUACAGCUCAUGAUUAUUUGGAGUAUAUUGUGUUCUGUAUAUUUUUGAACCUGUCUUAACAAUAUUUUAUACAAUCUAUAAAUAGAAAUGACAGGUUGUCAGCCAGUUAUUGUGCUACCAACUAAUGGCAACACUAAUGCUUACAUACAUGAAAGAUUGAUAUUUUGUGUGAUUUUGUUGGAUGAAAAAAAUAAAAUCAGUGAUAC